CUUUUAUAGAGGACUGAUGGGGGUGACCAUCUGACUGUGGAAAGUUCCUUUAGUGAGGGAGGACCAUCCCCCGCUGGUGGUGGCUGGAGGAAUUGGGUGAGGGGUGGCCUCAGAUCUCAAACCAUCUCCUAAGGACACAAAGGAAGCAACCACACCUAAACUUAUCUCCCCAGGGUUGAGGGAGACUAGAAUGAAGCAUGGAGGUCCUGAAGCUAGCUCAGUCCGAUCUGGUUCCACUUCUCUCUCUAGGAGUGUCUGUCCUUUGGAUUAGUUUCUCAAGGAGAAGGUUCUUUGAUAUGCCCCAGAGAACUUCUGGGGUGCCCUGGGCCCAUAACACAGGGCUUCUCCGAUGGACUGCGGUCACCCCUCCAGGGUCCCAGGUGGGCUCUGCCUGGCCACCCCCAGCUCAGCUGUGCAUUUCUCAGCUGUUACCUCUAUCAACCACCUGCUGUGACUAGGUUUCUUGUGGUGGGAGGUGAGGGGGAGAGCCUUGGCUAAAGUCUUGGCUUGGAGGACUCCCCUCUGAGGAAUCUCUGUUGUGCUGAUAAGAUUAUAAAGAGUAAGUAUAGCUUAUCAAGCCUUGCUGGGGAGGAACAAAGUGGGUGGGAGUGAGGAGAAGAGUGAAUCAGGGAAGUCUUCCUGGAGGGAGGAGGUGACUUAAAGCCAGGUGGAAGUAGAGGUUGGGAAAUCCUUCCAAACACAGAUGAGCCAAGGUGGGUGGUGAGGGCAGAACAGUGAGUCAGCCAUUUUGACCUGUCCCAAACCUUCUUGAGGGGGGCUCAGGAGAGGAAGUUGGGGAUGGAAGAUACUUUAGUUGUGGGAACUCCGAAACACCAGGGUAGGGAUUAGGGCUUUCAUCUUGCUAAUGUUACUGAAUUGUGGAUGGAUGGGUGAAUGAACGAAUGGAUGGAUGGAUGGAUGAAUGAAUGGAGUGGAUGAAUGAAUGAAUGAGUGAAUAUACCAAGUAUUGCCACUGGAGCUCCUGGGCAGGAAGGGCAAGGGGGUUAGAGAGGACUAGGAGGAAUGCUGGCAGAGCCCCACUUGGGGCUUUGAAGGCCUGGGCUGAUGUUCUGUGUUGUUUCACACGGACAUUUUCCUUCUCUUUCCCCCAACUCUGGCUCACCUGGAAAGGUGAGACUGAAGCCCUGCCCCUCCCCCGAGCAUGCCCAUCGCAUUCAGGUGAAGUGGGGGGUGGGAGCAGGGAGACUGGUCAGAGGUGGGGCAGACUUGGGGCGCCCCAGUAGACCAACUGUGGCCCCUUCUCUCUACAUGUGAGGGAGGGAGGCAGAAGGGGUGCAGUGCUGGGGCAGGGGGGAAGAAGGUAUGAGAUGGAGUGUUCAUAGGCAGAGGCCACCAUGACAUGGAAAAGAGAGGAGUGGACACAGGAGAGACACUUUCAAGUGUUGGAAGGUCCCCAUUAAAUAGAAUGAGGAGCAACUGGUUCCAGAAAUCAGGUUUCUGUUUGAAGGGAGGGGGAAGAGAGUUCCUACCAAUCAGAGCUACCUAAAGGGUGAUGGGGGAUUGAAGCAGAAAGAAGCUGGACAAUGGGGGCCAACUGGAUGGAGGACCGGAUGGCUCUGGCCUCCCUGCCUUGGUAGGGAGCAGAGCCCUGGCCCUGGGAGAGCUCCCAUCUAGAAAAAGUCCCACAAUCCUGCCACGGUGGCAUUCCUGGAUGAAGAAAUGGGCUCGGCACUGAGAUGAUCCAGAGCCACCCUCAAACUGACCAGUGAUGAAGCUGGGCUGAACCAGUGCUGUCCAGGGCUUGGCAGUCUACUGUGGGAAAAGCUUGGGUCUGGGAGACCUGUCCCUUGGGCUCCUUGGGUUGCCCUGGGCAAAGUCCAUCCAUCCUCCCCCUGGCCGUUGGUCAACCCUUCUGUAAAGGGGGAUCCAACUAGAUGGUUGUUAAGCUGCCCUCAUGUUAACUGCCUCCCUCCCUCCUUUUCCCCACCUCUCCAUCCCCUUGCCCUUUGUGUCCCCAUCCCCCAGUCCUGGAUCCUUAGUACCAGAGCUCCUUGGGUCUCCUGAAGGAGUGAACCAAGGAAGCUGCUCAGGGGGUGAGUGGGUGGGUGUGCCCAGUCCUACUUGGCUUGGGGCAGGGGUGGCAAAAGGAACAUCCUAUAGUUGGAGAGGGCGGAGGUGGAGGUGGGAAGACCGGUUGGGUUGGGUUUUUUAAGGCUUCUCUAGGCCUAGCCACUCAGUCUAGUGGGGCCCAGGAUGCGGCUGGCACUAGGAGGGAACUGAGGGCCCUGCUGAAGCUGCCUCCCCACCAGGUAUGGGGCUGGGGUAUGGGACCACGGUGGGGGAGGGAGGAAAGAAAGGAAGAGGGAAGGAGGAGGGGAUGAGGGCUCAGGCUUCCCAAACAACACCCACCUGUUCCCUUAGCACUUAGCCUCAAAACUUUACUUGUUCCUCCAAAUUUACCCAGCUCCCCUACGAUCUCACCUUUUCCCCAACUUAACCUGUUCUCUCAGCUAUUAUCUACUCAAACCUACCCAGUAGCCCACAACUUACUUCCAAGAACUUUAGGCACCCCUAAAUAUACUUAGCUCCCCAAGCUUCAACCCGAGACUUUAUUCAUCCUUUCCCAUCACUUACCUCCCUAACCCCACUCAUCCUUAACACUUUUCAGUGGCGAGAUAACUAUCUAGGAGACAUUUGAGAAAGUUGGAGGGAGUUAUGAGUGGGGGGAGUGGACAAGUACCCUCAGGUGUUUUACCCAGGACAGUUGGAAGGUCUGAAGUGCAAAUCUUUCCCUCACUUUACAGACAAGAAAACUGACGCUUGGUGGGGCGAUGAUUUGCCAAAUGUCAGUCAGAUGCAGGGUCAAGAGUAGAACUCCGGUGUCUUGGUUCCAAAUAGACAUCCUUAGGGGGAGAUCUCACUCCCCCUCGGGAUCUUCAGAGGGGGAGUACAUCCUGUCUUUCCCACUUCCAACUCUUGAGCCUUUGCCCUCUCUCUUAUUUCCAGCAAGGGGUGGCUGACCAGACAAGGCACUAGACUUUCCCAUGGCCAAGCCCUAUGCUGCUGUGGGCACCGUUGGGACGAUGGCCUCCGCGGGCCAGGCUCACUUCCGGCUGGAUCGCUUUGUUGACCCUGAGAGCUAUCAGGGGAAAGGAUUUCAUCAUCAGCGACGCCAGGAUGUAUCAACCUCUCGGCCUCCAACCAUGGCCUCUGCUCACCAUGCCCACAGGGCAUGCCCGGGGAAUUCCCGGGCCUGGCCACCUUCCUUCCAGGCUCCCAGGAAUGGAGGCUAUUGGCUUAGGCAGUCAGGGGCUGCCUCCCUGCCUCCAAAGCCCCUGCGGCACAGGCACGGUCUAGGGGAAGACUGUGCCCGGGGCUGCCCAGUGGGCAAAGGCCACAAGACAGCACGAGGCCGUCCUCCACCACGAACUACUCCCUCCCCUGCUGCCAUCUUGAAUCCAGACUUGCCCCCAGCCCCGAUGGCUGACGCCACCCCCGAAGCCAGGGGUUCCAGCCUCAUGCGGCCCUUCCCAGCCCUUGGAGCCUGUAGUGCCGGCUCCUUCUCUGGUGACAUAGUGACAGAAGAUGACGUCUACUGUAGCUGUCUGUCGAAGACACUGUGCCAUGUGCCCACACCUGUGACAGUGGGCUUCUAUGCCCCCUUUGGCUGCCGACUGCACAUGAUGUUGGACAAAAUCACAGCCCUCAUGCAGAAGGAGGCAGCCCAGCGGGAGGCGGAGGAGCUGCAGCAAGUCCGAUGGAAGCCCCGCCAAGUGGAUGGCUGGGGCUUCCCCAGGCUCCUCUGGUACCUGGUCUUCUACCAGCCCGUCAUCACGGAGCUCCACCUGCGUCGGAAGAACGUGCAGUUCCUGUUCAUUCGCUUCAGCGCCUGGCAGUAUGCGGGCACGGACAAGCUGUGGGCUGGGUUGGUGACCACGCUCUGUGACGGCAUCCGCAGACACUACGGGGCUCUGCCCUUCAGCCUCUACACCGUGGUGGGCAACAAGCCGGCCAUGGCCCCAGACUUCUGCCAGCGUGAGUGGCACUGCCGCCGCAGGGUGUGCCUGAUCCUGCUGGCCCUGGCCGCGGCCCUGGCACUGGGGAUAGGCCUCCUCUACCUCUCCUUCAGCAGCAGGGGGUCCGGGCGGGAAGGGGGAGGCCACGGAAGCAUGCUCAAAGUGUUUGGGGGUGCAGCCACCACCCUGUCGGGCUCUGGCCUACUUAUGGCCCUCUAUUCAGUGGGUAAGCACCUGUUUGUGAGCCAGCGGAAGAAGAUUGAGAGGCUGGUCACACGGGAGAAGUUUGGAAGCCAGCUGGGCUUUAUGUGUGAGGUCAAGAAGGAGGUGGAGCUGCUGACCAACUACAUCUGCUUCCUGGAGAUCUUCCAGAGGCGGCGGCUCCGCAUCGUCCUGGAGGUCACCGGCCUUGACACCUGCUACCCAGAGCGUGUGGUGGGCGUCCUCAAUGCCAUCAACACCCUGCUAUCCGACAGCCAGGCCCCCUUCAUCUUCAUCCUGGUGGUGGACCCCUACAUCCUGGCCUCAUGCCUCGAGAACGCAAGCAGCAUGAAGGGCGUGGCUGACAACGGCUACCUCUUCCUCAACCGUACAGUCACGCUGCCAUUCUCUGUGCCCAUCAUGGGGCGCCGGACCAAGCUACGCUUCCUGGAAGAUGCCGUGCAAAGCCGCGACGACCUGCUCUAUCGGGCCAUCACGCGGCAGCUGCGGGGCAGCCACAAAGGGACCCCCACGGGGGCAGAGGGCACAGAGCUGCUCAACGUGGAGGUGGGGGGGGGCCAGGACCAGGGCCGCAUUGAGGUUGAGGCUGGCCAGCGGAUCCAGGAAGCCCUGUUCUGCCUGCACAACGAGCAGGACUGUCUGUACGAGUACAUUCCAGACAACGUGGUUUCCAUGCGGCGGAUCGUGAACACGGUGCCCAUCACGGUAAGGCUGCUGCACGAGCACCAGGCCCGUGGUGGGCCCAUGCGGCCUACCCCGCGGCAAGCCGUGGCCUGGGUGGUCCUGGCCAAUCAGUGGCCCUGCCGGCUGAGCUGGGCCCUGCAGUGCCUUGAAGACCGCCAGCAGGUCGAAGGGGGCCCAGACCCCCAGGCUCCCCUCUGGGGCAUCUUCCGCGACAAUAGCCGCGAGCUCCACACCAUGACCAAGGCCCUGCAGAAUGUGGUGGACCUGGAUGGAGACCCGGAGCUCUUUGCCCGCUUCCUGGGCAUCGACUUCCCUUUUACCGUGGCGGAGGCUCAGAGUUUGCUCUGCUGCACCGUCAACCUAGACCACUCCAUCCGUCGCCGCAUGGGGCUCAUCCGCAGCAUCCGUGCCCUCAACCCCCCGGGCAGCGCCCCUCACGGCUCUACCGCCCACUCUGAGAAGCCCCCCUCCCCACUACGGGACAGGACCUUCCAUGCUGGCAAGCCCAGUGCAGUCUCUUGAAUUGGGGCAGAUGGAGGCAGGAGAAAGGCAGUGGUGGUCAGUUGAUGGGUCAAGGCCAGCAGCGAGGCCCUCUGUUCUGCAGACCGUCCCGCCAGGAGGGGCAGGCUCUGGUUGCUGCUGGAUGCAGUCAGAGCUCACUUACAGGACACAUGGUUCCACUUUUGCACUUCCCAGUGAAGCAGUGUUAUUAACUUGGGGCUCAGGCGGCCUCCCAGCAGUGUAUGUGUGUGCAUGUGUGCGUGUGUGUGUGCAUGGGGAGACCAAACUGGAAACCCCUUCCUUCAGUGCAAUAAAGAUGGGUCACAGUCAGACUGCUCUUCAGGGAUACAUUCCCAACGGGGGUAGUAGCAGGCAGCCCCCCUGCCCCAUAGGCCCAGGCCAAAUGGAGGGAUGGGGGGCGGGGAGAGACAGAGGCAGAGAAUGCUGGGGAGGAGGCAUGGCUGGCAAGGACAUGCAGUGUCCCAGCAAACGGACAACAUGAGUGUGCGUGGGCCCCGAGGAAUCUCUGCACCUGAGCUGGCCCCACACCCUCCUGCCCCAGUCAGGCAAAUCAUUCCCCUCCUCGGGGUAACUGGCAUUUCCGGAGCGUGCCCCCGCCCAGUCUCCGUGAUGAGCUCACCUUGGUACCUCUCGGGCUGCCUCGGUGUGCUAAUUAUGACUGCCUCUCCACCUGCCUCAUCCAGGCCAAAGGAAGUCAAUUUGGGGGCAAACUCACCCAUUCCCUCCCAGCUCUGGGGCUACCUGUCCAACCAGUUAUUUAUUCAGUCUCAGAAAGGGCAGAGCAUUUAGGGAUCAAAUGUGACAGCGGAAAGCCAGCCCAGAGACGGGAAGGGGCCUGAUUAACUGCCCAGCCAGUGAGAGGAAAAGAUGGCCCAGGUGGCCAUGUAAAUCACCCUGUGCCCAGCUGAGAGCUGGGGGACUUUGGCUCCGCAGCACAGCCCCUAAAGCCGAGCUAUCCCACAACAUCGGAGUUCAGACCUCCCUGUCCAUUCCUUUCCAUUGCGGCACAGACACACAGACACACCCCUGACUGAAACAGCAGUUGGCCACAGGGGGCCGCCCUCCCACAUCACUGCCUCCAUCCACUGUCCUGGCCUCUCCCCAUUUUCAGCCACAAGGAGGCAGGGCCUGAGCCUCCUACUCUGCCCCAUCCUUGGCCU